AUGGGGUUUUCGACCGCACUGCAGGGUCGGGCGGCGCAUGACGCGCUGCUCAACCGGCAGGAGGCCGAGCUGAAGCUGCUCGAAACGAUGAAGCGCUGCCUGGUGCAGAAGGCCAAAUGCGACCGGGAGUAUGCCGUGUCGCUGGCAGCGGUCACUCAGCAAGGACUCAAAAUCGAUCGUUCGGAUGAUCUGCAAGGAAGUCACAUAAUGCGUGCGUGGCGAAGCUUCAUGGAGGAAUUGGAACAUACGGCCAAACAAAUUCGCACCAACGCGGAACAGCUGGAAACGGUCUGUCACGAGAAGCUGGCCAGCUUGUACCAGGAAAAGCGACGCGUCAGAAAGCAGUACCAGGAGGAACACACCAAAAUAGCCACCCAGUUCAGCCAUCUCACAGAAGACGUCGCACGGAAGAAAAGCGAGUACCAGAAGCAUUUAGACUACUACAAACUGCUGCGGGGUCGGUUCGAGGAACACAUCAAAUCCGGCCGGUCCGGACGGAAGCUGGACGAUGUCAUCGACAAGUACCAGAAGGCCUGCCGGAAGCUGCACCAAGCGCAUAACGAGUACGUCCUGCUCAUCACCGAGGCGGUCGAGGUGGAAAAGGACUUUCGGACGAUACUGCAACCCGGGCUGCUCGAGCACCAGCAAUCCCUUCAGGAAGGUUUCAUUCAGGCGUGGAGCAACCUGCUACAAGAGAUUGCAAAGCUGAGUGACAUGACGUCGGAAAAGUUCGUCGAUAUACAGCAGCGCAUAGAGUCGAGCAUAGCGGGAAUCAACUCCACCGAGGAGUAUCGCGAAUUUACGGAGAAGCACAAAACCUCACCGACCGCACCGGUCAUUUUCCAGUUCGACGAGAGCCUCGUCGAGGACAGUCUCGGUAAGCUGCAGGCAAACACGCUGACCGUGGACAACCUUACCGUGGAUUGGUUGCGGGGCCGGCAAACGGAGCUCGAGGGCACGAUCAAGGAUCUGCAGGAGCGGCAAAACAAACUGUGCGGUGAUACGAACGGUACGAAUGGUGCUGCCGGCAGCAGUCCAGUUAGUACGCCCGGUACGAAACCAUCCACACCCAUACUGAACGGCUCGAACAGCAACGGUGCGCUAGGCAAAGAUCAUGCGGUUAACAAAUCGUCCAAGGAGCUGAACACACUACGCUGCCAAGAACGGCAAACGCUCAAGCUGGUUGACAUGAUCCGUUCGGCGCUAAAUGAAGUUGGCUGUGAGGAGCUGCCAUCCGGUUGCGAUGACCUGUCCGUGGAGCAUCUGAUCGAGAACAAAAAGUCUGUCAGCCAGGAUCUUUCGGUGGACUCACUACAACAUACCUCCACCGCGUUGGGUCUCUUCUCCUUGCGCACUGGUGGUGGUGGCGGCAGCGGUGGUGGUGUGAUGUCGAUGCUAAUGGAACAACUAAGGCGCAAAUCGGGGCCGCCAACCGUUUCAGGAUCGAGCACCGCCGGUAAGACACCACGGUCCGGACCAACGCCGGUGCAGACCCCCAAGCCGGGCCAUCGAGGAACAACGGUAACUAGCGCUGACAGUGAGCCUUUGUGUGCGACCGUUGCGUGUGUUCGUGUUGCUUCCGGGGGUGAUCUUUCACGGCCCCCCUCUAACCCGCCUGCCCGGUCGGAUGGGACCGAUGCGGACACGUACACGGAACUCCUUCCCGACGGAAACGAUUCCGACCAUCGACUGUCGAACGUUUACGUCGACAUGGAGGCGUGCCUGUUGCAGGCGCUCGAUGUGGAACGGUCGUUUGAGUAUACUAACAUUAGUAGCUGCAGCCGCAAGCAAUCGCUGCUCGCAUCCGCAGCGCAGGAUAGCUUUGGCGAACCCGAACUACCUAACCCCACUAACACGGAACAGCGCCAUGCGCCGCGGUACAGACGUUUGCGCACGCAAGCUAGCAGCGAGGAUAGUGAAAUGCAUUUGCUUAACCACCGGUACCAUAGCCGGGCACCGGAUGAGCACGACGACGACGAUGAAGGUGGCAGUGGCACCACAGCGGAUGACUUGAACGAUUCCAAAAACAAUCUGCUGCGGGACGAAAGUUUCGACGACAGCCACAGGCAGGAAGCGUCACCAUUUCACGGCAUUGUCGAUUGUUCGUGGGCGCGGGGUUCUGCAGAGGAGCUGGAUGCCGAUGCAAACAAGUAUCUCACGAUGAGAAAGGAAGGAUCCGUACCCACCGUUGAAGCGAGUCCGUCGAAAACGCUUGAGGAUCAGUGGAAAUCGUCGAUUGAACGACAUCUGGACAAUAUCGAUGCGCUCAACCAGAAGCUAGACGAACACCAACGGUUGGCAGCCCGGCUGUCCGAGGAGUAUGAGUACGUUCGCGUCCAAACACUACGACCCGGUGCCUCGCUACAGCAACCGAACCAUUCCAACCCAUCCAAACCACCGGUGACGUUCGAGAAGAUGCACAGCUUCCGGGAGAAGAUCAAGCGUCGAAUCAAGGGAUCGAAGGCGGAAGGUGAUAAGGCAGAUCGUUCCGUGUCUCCCGAUACGCCCGAUCAAGGGGAAAGCUUUUCGGGUCGAUUGAGAAACCGCAUCACUGCCCACCAUACGCAGCGACAGUUUCGCCUCAUGAAGGACACGGACUCGGCGAGCCCAUCGACCGAUCGGUCGCUCGCGGAACGAGUUCCAAACGGUGCGUCCUCUAACGGUCGCAAAAAGAAGAAACGUAAGGCAUCGAAAGCGAACCGAACCGCACAGCAAAGACAGCAGAGCCGCCUCGGCUCGGCUGAUGCACUGCAACGUCAGCAACCGUGCCAUCCGCAGCAAUCGGAAGAUGAACUUUUGGCCGAAGAAAAUCUUGGACUUUCGCCCGAGCACACUGGUCCAAAGGCUGGUGGUAUAUCUUUUUCGCAAACUGUCCGCGCAACCUGGCGAGAACUGAUGCACUCCACCAACAAGGUGAAGGACUCUUCCCUAAAUCUUACCCUCCGAUCGGAUAGACCAGAAGAAAAGCUCGAUCUGAUAGCGGAUCAGGAUCGGCAAGGGUUGCUCUCGAUCCGGUUCACAUUUUCCGACGGUGAACGAAAGCAAGAGCUAGUGGAGGGAGCACCAGAUUUGAACGCCACCGGAGACUACUGCGUCCCGUUGCUUGUGUCCCGAAGCGAAGACAAUAAGUUGCAAGACGUUGCGCCGGAGACAUCCCAACCGGACCCGGUGGCAGCUGCAACACAACGCGGAAAUAAAGCGGGACCCAAUAGCUUGAAGAGUAAUCUCCGAGACAAACUGACCAAGCUGGUGCACAAAAAAACCACCAGCAAUUCAUCACUGUCGGCAGGCCGAUGGACGACGACCUCGCCGCAAGUUUGUCGUACGUGUUCCAAAAGGAUUGUGCCUCGCUCGGGCGAUGGGGGCGGUAUGCAUCCAAGUCGCACGGUGUUGGAUUUUAGGAAAGAAUUCCCCGAUAUUGACAUCUGCGAAGGGGACUGCGGCGGUUGGGCAGGGGAUGGCGUUAAAGGUGAUGCCCAACGGUGGCCACUUUCGGAGAUGAUCAAUCUCGAGUACGAAGAUAUCGAUGUGCUAACGAUCAAACCCCAUAAAUUAAUCGAUCCCUCCGAGGGUGGCGUCGGUGUGAGUAUGACUUUAUCGACAAACCGUCCGCUGCACGAGGAAGAAUGGUUCCACGGUGUGCUGCCCCGGGAGGAAGUUGUACGAUUGCUGCGCAACGAGGGCGACUUCCUGGUGCGCGAAACGACCCGCAACGACGAGAGUCAAACCGUGCUAAGUGUCUGCUGGAACGGACACAAGCACUUUAUCGUGCAAACGACGGCUGAGGGUCAUUAUCGGUUCGAAGGGCCGGCCUUCCCGAGCAUACAGGAGCUGAUCGUGCAUCAGUACCAGUCCGAGCUGCCAGUCACGGGACGUUCCGGGGCGGUACUGCGCAAACCCGUGCUGCGCGAACGCUGGGAACUCAGCAACGACGAUGUGAUUCUGCUGGACAAGAUUGGCCGUGGCAAUUUCGGCGAUGUGUACAAGGCGAAGCUGAAAUCGUCCAAAAACACGCUCGUAGCCGUUAAGACCUGCAGGAUGACGCUGCCCGAGGAGCAGAAGCGCAAGUUUCUCCAGGAAGGCCGCAUCCUGAAGCAGUACGAUCAUCCGAACAUUGUCAAGCUUAUCGGUAUCUGUGUGCAGAAGCAACCGAUCAUGAUCGUGAUGGAGCUGGUGGCCGGCGGUUCGUUGCUAAUGUUUCUGCGCAAAAACGCCUCCACGCUGGGACAGCGGCAGAUGAUGGGCAUGUGUCGGGAUGCGGCGGCCGGUAUGCGCUACCUGGAAUCGAAGAACUGCAUCCAUCGGGAUCUUGCCGCCCGCAACUGUUUGAUCGGGAAUGAAAACAUUGUAAAAAUCUCCGACUUUGGAAUGUCCCGCGAGGAGGAAGAGUAUAUAGUUUCUGGCGGCAUGAAACAGAUCCCGAUCAAAUGGACCGCACCGGAAGCGUUGAACUUUGGCAAAUACACAUCACUUUGUGACGUCUGGUCGUACGGUAUAUUGGUGUGGGAAAUUUUUAGCAGAGGCGAUACACCGUACUCCGGCAUGAGCAACUCGAUGGCACGCGAACGGAUAGACGAGGGCUAUCGCAUGCCGACACCGGAAGGUGCCCCACCCGAGAUGUACCGACUUAUGCUCAAGUGUUGGUCAUACGAACCGGAAAGCCGACCACACUUUGAUGAGAUUUACAGUGUCGUUGACGCACUGUUGCUCUGCACCAAGGACUGA